GUACAUUUAUUUUGAAUAUCUCAGCUAACAGCAAGUGAAGUUAUCUGCACCGUUAUCGUUAAUUUAAGUUACUUCUCCAACAUGUCGACAGUCCAGGAGCUUCUGUUCUUCUGUUUCUGUCUGCUGACUUUGUCUGGAAAAACACCCGGACUUCCAAACGGAGCAUCUCCAGAGCCGUCUGUCAGGACACUUUAUCAAACGCAGGACGUGGCCCUGCUGCAGUGUGAAGUUCGAGGUGCUUCUCCUAAACCUACAGUAGAGUGGCAGGACAGUGCUGGAAACAAACUUCCUGCUAAAGAACCACAGGUUUCAGAAAGAGGAGGCAGCUUCUACAUCAUCCUCCAAACUACUGUGAAGAAGACCGACCGCUAUCGCUGUGUAGCCACACAGGAGGAGAUCAGACAUCAGAUUUAUGCUGAGACCUACGUGUUUAUCUGUGGUGCAGCUGCAGAGCCGUCCAUCACGAUAGUUGAUGUCACAGAGUUUGGGGUCCUGCUGCAGUGUGAAGUUCGAGGUGCUUUUCCUAAACCUACAGUAGAGUGGCAGGACAGUGCUGGAAACAAACUUCCUGCUGAGGAGACACAGGUCUCAGAAAGAGGAGGCAGCUUCAACAUCACCCUCCAAACUACUGUGAAGAAGACCGAAAACAACCGCUUCCACUGUGUAGUCCAGCAGGACGACAUCGGUCAUAUGAUCAGAAGUAACAUCACUGUGCCCGAGAAACUGUUUGAGGACACGUGCAGAAGAGGGGACGUAACAGGAUGGUUUCUUUGUGGAUUCUCUUUAGGAGCUCUACCUGUUGCUGCAGUUCUAGUUUUGCUUGUAGCUACAAAGUUCAUCACAGUACGCUGUAAUAAAGGAGCAGCUGAAGAGAGACAGGUAAACGGGGAGAGAAACAGGAUGACAUUCAGCACAAAGCUGGAGGUGGAAUCAAACCCUCACGCUCCACCAGGUUCUCCUGAGCAGGGAAACGGUUAUCAUAAAGAUCUUCCAGAGCUGCUGUGAAGGUGUGUGUGAAUCUGUAGACUGAGUCACGCAUGUUAGUCACAAACAACCAAAUACUGUUUUGUUGGACCAUUUACAUUUACUCAUCUGGCAGACGCUUUUAUCCGAAGCGACUUACAUUUGAGGAACAACAUACAAGCGUCAACAGAGCAUCAACUACAGAUCUACAAGUGACAAUACAUACAAGUAAGAGCAGCAAUAAAUACUAGUAGAGCUCAUAGUUUAUAUUAGUAUUGGCAAGUUCGAGUCUUUUGACAGACUCGUUCAUUCAAAUCUCUUUGUUUUUUUGAGUCAUUUCGUUCAUUUGAACUAGGCUGGUUAUUGCGGCGCU